AUGCGGUUCAAUACAGCAAUCGCCCCGGCCCUCUAUGCAUCGGCUCUCCUCGCCGGUACAGCAUUCGCUCAGGAGGAGGGAGAGACAUCAACGAGUGCUGUUGAACGCCCAACAUUCACUCCCACAAGCCUUAAAGCACCUUUCCUAGAACAGUUCACCGACGAUUGGGACACAAGAUGGACUCCUUCACAUGCCAAAAAGCAAGAUUCCAAGAGUGAUGAAGAUUGGGCAUAUGUCGGCGAAUGGGCAGUCGAAGAGCCGACUGUCCUCCCGGGCAUCGUUGGCGACAAAGGCUUAGUUGUGAAGAACGCAGCUGCUCACCAUGCCAUCUCAGCCAAAUUCCCCUCUGUUAUCAACAACAAGGGCAAGACUCUUGUGGUUCAGUAUGAGGUCAAGCUCCAGAAUGGUCUCGAAUGUGGUGGUGCUUACAUGAAAUUGCUCCGCGAGAACAAAGAGCUACACGCGGAGGAAUUUUCCAAUGCCUCUCCUUAUGUGAUCAUGUUUGGUCCCGAUAAAUGUGGAGCUACCAACAAGGUCCACUUCAUCUUCCAGCAUAAGAACCCAAAGACCGGCGAAUAUGAGGAGAAACACCUGAAGAGUCCCCCUCAAGCCAAGACUGGCAAGAUGACCACCCUCUAUACCCUCAUCGUCAAGCCAGACAACACUUUCGAGAUGUUGAUCGACAACAAGUCCGUCAAGAAUGGAAGUCUUCUAGAAGAUUUCUCUCCGGCGGUUAACCCUCCCAAGGAAAUCGACGACCCGAAGGACAAGAAGCCCGAUGACUGGGUGGAACAAGCCCGUAUUCCUGAUCCUGAGGCCCUCAAACCUGAGGAUUGGGAUGAGGAUCAGCCUUAUGAAGUUGUCGAUGAGGAAGCCGAGAAACCCGACGACUGGCUGGAGGACGAACCUGCCACAAUUCCUGACCCGGAGGCUGAAAAACCAGAAGAUUGGGAUGACGAAGAAGAUGGUGACUGGAUUCCUCCUCAAGUGCCCAACCCCAGGUGUGAAGAAGCCUCAGGCUGUGGCAAAUGGGAACCUCCGAUGAAGAAGAACCCUCUCUACAAGGGCAAGUGGACUGCACCAUUCAUCGACAACCCUGCUUACAAAGGGCCAUGGGCACCACGCAAGAUCCCCAACCCUGAUUACUUUGAGGACAAGACUCCUUCCAAUUUCGAACCCAUGGGAGCAAUCGGCUUCGAGAUUUGGACAAUGCAGUCUGACAUUACUUUCGACAACAUUUACAUUGGUCAUUCCAUUGAAGACGCCGCGGCAUUCCGCGCCGAGACUUACGAUGUCAAGCGCCCCAUUGAAGAAGCGGAGGAUGCGAAGAGCAGGCCUACGCCCGAAGACCUUCCCAAGUCGCCCUCCGAUCUCAAGUUCAUGGAUGACCCAGUCACUUUCAUCAAAGAGAAACUCGACCUCUUUAUCACCUUGGCUAAGAAGGAUCCCGUUGAGGCCAUUAAAUUCAUGCCCGAUGUUGCCGGCGGAAUUGGUGGUGCUUUGGCGUUGGUGAUCGCUGUCAUUGUCGGCCUCACGAGCAUGGGCGGGUCAGCCCCCGUUCCUAGCAAGGAGGAUGUCAAAAAGGCAGCACAGAAGGCAAAGGAUACUGCCACCGAGGUGAAGGAGAAGGUGCAAGAUGCUGCAGCCAGUGGUGCCGAGACGGCGAAGACUGAGGCUAAUAAGAGAGUUACUCGAUCGAGCGGUAACUCUGAGUAG